AUGGAUGUUGAUUCGGAACCACUUAAUUCACAAGACAACGUUGAAGAUUGCUUGAUGACUGGUGUGGAAGAGAAUGUAAAUUGCACUUGUGAUUGCGGUGACAGCAGUAGCAAGUUUGUUGUUGUGACGGCCGAUGAUAUUAUAAACCAAACAUUUGAAAUAUCGGAUGCAACUUAUUACUUGUAUGUGCGUUAUGCAAGGUUUGUCAGGUUUAGAGUUCGCAAGGGUGAUACAGCGCGUGGAAAAUAUGGAACACAACGCAGAAGGCCAAGCCGGGGGUACGGUUAUGCUAAUGUCGGGUUCACAAAGAAGGAUCUGGAUAACCACAUUGAAAGAACUCAUCAUGCAAAGCUCAUUGGUGAGGAUUCUAAUGCAACAAUUAGCUAUCUACUUGGAAAAGCCGAUGUUGACCCCAUGGCCAUGACAAGGUACAGUGCUACUGAUGAAAGUCGGCUGGCAAAUCUAUUUUGGGCAGAUGGCAUUUGUAGGGCGGAUUAUCAGUGCUUUGAAGAUGUGCUUGCAUUUGAUACAACCUAUCGAAAAAAUAAGUACAGAAGACCGUUGGUAAUCUUCUCAGGUUGUAACCAUCACCGUCAAACAUGCAUAUUUGGCUUUGCCUUGAUAGAGAACGAACAAACGCCAACAUAUACGUGGUUGUCGCAAAACUUUCUAGAUGUCAUGCUGAAUAAGUCUCCUAGUAUUGUGGUCACAUACGGUGAUGAGGUAAUAAAGGCAGCAAUUCAAGAAAUCUUCCCAAAUGCAACUCACCGAUUAUGUGGUUGGCACAUUCAGAAAAAUAUAACGGCAAACAUAAAAAGUAAAGGUUUUUCCGACAACUUCAGAAGAUGGUUGUAUGCUCCAUGGCAUCCGGAUGAAUUUGAAGAAUAUUGGAAGAAUAUGAUAAAAAAAUAUGGGUUGGAGGAAAAUGAAUGGGUACUAAAUGAAUAUCAAAAGAGGAAAAGCUGGGCAAGCGCCUACUUGCGAGAUAAAUUCUGUGCUGAAUUUAGAACAACAUCAAGGGAUUAUAGACACAACGAAUUAGUUUCUCAAUUUAAGACGGUGUACGGAGAGCCUAUGUUAACAACUCGCUUAGCUGCAUUGGAGCUUUGUGCUGCAAAUUUUUACACACGGGAGAUGUUUGGCAAAGUAAAAACAGAAAUUGAAGGAGUGGUUGCAUUAGAUGUUAUAAAUGAGGAAAAUAUAUCAACUAUUGUUGUGUUAAAAGUUAAGGAGUGUGAUAGAGGGCAACAAUAUACACCGUACUUUAUGAGCACAACACCAAGAAUAUGGAGUGUGAAUGUAGUAGGUGGAGUAGUGAAGGCAUUCCUUGUAGCCACAUGUUUUGUGCCAUGA